AUGUUCUCCAAAAACCCGAAGGCUGGAAGAACCAGGCAACCAAAGGCAAGAAGGCAGACAUCCACAUUUCACUACCGUUCCCAGAACGAUAAUGUGGUCCAGCUGCUGGGUGCCACUAUAUCAGCAAUCAAUGCUACCAAAGACCUUGUGCCUAUCGAUCUGGUGAAAGGCAUCCUUGGAACAAUUGCGAAUAUUUUGACUAUUGCGCAGUCGGUGAUCAAGAACAAGUCCGAUUUCCAAGCGAUAGCCGACAAGUGCGAGACCAUCAGGGAAAUUCUUGAAAGAGCGACCAAAGGUGCUACCAAAGACGAUCUGCAAGGAUACUUGGGGCAUGCAUUAACUCAGCUCAACAACCGCAUCAAUAGCAACAUAGAGUCAUCGAAGGAGGGAUUUUUGCACCGGCUCCUCUCUGUCACCAUCGAUCGCGACCGGAUUACUAAAUGGGAGAAAGACUUGGAUCAAGCCCUCGUACUAUUCAGAACGGAAGCGAUCACUGGCAUCGCGAUCAGGGUGGAGAAACUGUCUUUGGGACCCAGGGACGACGCUCGUGGGAUCAAUGACACCCAAGCUGUACAGAGCUGUACAGCAUCCCAGCCGUAUAGCUUGGUCCCUACUACCUAGCUCACUACAGUAGCAGACCUUUCUGUCAAUCCCUGUACAGAUGCCCACAGACACACCCAGUGAGGACUAAAUAGCGCUGGUUUGCUCUGUCUAUGGCUGUACAGACACUCACAGACCACUCAGAAAAUGGGAGUUGUGCAGACAUUGCUCGUUGUACAUAUUUUUUUCACUCAAUACAGUAGCAUAGCCACAAAUGACAUAUAUUGAAUCUCGG